AUGGUUUAUUUCGCAAAAGAAUAAGCAACAAUGAGACCUGUGCAGUUAAAAAUUUCAAAUUUCCACAAUUCUCAUUACAGGUAGCGGACUUUAGGAGUAGAAGUGAAAAUUCUUCUUGGCUUAAGAGGAAUAGCUGGAAUUCCAGAGAUUAUUGAUUAUGGAUAUACAUCAACUUCAAAGUUCUACAUAGUCUCUGAAUAAACAGGGCACAGUUUGUAAUAAUACAUUGAUGCAAAAAAGUAACUAGGCUCAACGACCAUAAUUUAUAUAGGACAAUAACUUCUCGGAAUAUUAGAAAGAAUACAUGCUCGCAAUGUUUAUCAUACUAAUCUAAGUCCAUAAAAUAUAUCUAUCUUAAAAAAUCAAGUUUAUUUACACGGAUUUUAUUUAAACCACUUGGAUGAUAGAGAAAAAGUAUUAUUUAAAGAUAAGAAGUUUUGGAGUAAGUCAUUAACUAAUGGUUGUACUAUAACAUUUAAGGAUGAUUUAGAAAGUUUAGGUCAUCUACUAAUGCAUCUAGUCGAUUAUGAACUUAAUAACAAAUCAAAUGGAAAUUAAGGAUCGAACUAAAGCAGUAUCUUUUUUAGAAGUUACUUUGAAUUGCUUUCUAAAUUAUAAUCCACAAAUCCUCCACCAUAUCUUCAUUUAAAAAAAAUAAUUUAUAGAAUUAUUACUUAAUGUCUAAGUGAUGAAAAUAAAAUAAAAUUCAAAUAGGCUUCAAGGUAGCUGUCUUCGAGAUCAAAUAGAAAUCAUAAAAACAAACUCAGUAUCAUUAAAGAGGAUGACUUAGAAAACAUCGUAUCCAAAGAUUUUGUAAAAAUCAAUGCUGCCACUCUAUUUGAUGAUAAAAUUAAUUCUUCGUUAGAAUUGUAGAAUAGUAUGAAUUAAACUUUUGAGAUCUCAGAAGAAUAAUGUUAACUUUCGGAAAUGAUCUAGAAUUUACAUAACCAAAGUAUAAGAGCAAGAUCGAUUGCUUCACUAUGUCAAUAUAAAUAAUGA